AUGUCCAUUCUCCUCGUAGCAUCCAGGGAAUUUGAAUUGGACUCAAUCUUCUCCUCUUCAUCAUUUUUUUUUGCUUCUCACGACACAUUCUCAUUCAACCAGCUGGCCAUAAAUUUCUUGCCGGCAUUCUCAGCAAUGACUGAGCCAACCGCUAAUGGAACGGCAACAGGAAUCAAUGAGGCAGAAGCCAAAAACUUGCGAAAAAAGCCUCCUGCGCCAUCGGUACUUUCACGCCCUAAAAAGAUCGCAAUCAUCGUUCUCGUUUCCGCCAUGACCUUCAUCGGACCAAUGGGGGCGGGGAUAUAUUUUCCAUCUUUAGCACCCCUUGCCAAGGAUCUUCAUGUCUCGUUGAGCCAGAUCAGUUUGACUCUUACUGCAUACAUGCUGUGCCAGGCCAUAUUUCCGCUAUUCAUAGCGGGCAUGUCCGAUGAGCGAGGGCGCCGACCUGUGUUGAUCGUCAGUCUAGUUGUAUGCAUCGCCAUAAAUAUUGGCCUCGCGAAACAGACCACCUAUGUUGGACUAAUGGUCCUUCGCUGCCUGCAGAGCUGCAGCAGUAGUAGUGUGUCCAUUGUCUCAAUGGCUACCGUACACGAUAUUCUUCUUCCCACUGAGCGCAAGGACUACCGAGCCUAUACUUCGGUGGGCUAUUCAAUUGCUUCAGUCGCCAGUCCACUUAUCGGUGGAAUUCUGGCGCAAUUCUUUGGUUGGCCCAGUAUUUUUUACUUUCUGGCCGCCGUUGCGGGAGUUGGGCUUCUCCUUGUCACUACAAUUUUCCCAGAAACCUGUCGUGCACAGGUCGGAAAUGGUACCGUUCCCCCAAAGCCAUGGAAUCGUCCUAUCAUGAAGUUGUUCUGGCCGCCGUCUACUUCUCCUCCCGAAUAUGACACUCGCAUCCCGCCAAAACGACGAUCAUCCAUUCUCCAAACAAUACAAAUCGCGCUUCACAAAAAAGCCUUUCUCAUAAUGAUAUCUCAAGCUGUUCUCUUUGGUGGUUCCGUUGCGAUACUUGUCACCAUCCCGCUUGUAUUCACAGCGAAAUUCCACUUCAACAUGAUCGAAGUUGGCGCUACGCACGUCUCCUACGCCAUAGGGGGAUUCACAUCUCGUUGGAUAUAUGCUCCAUUGAUGGGCGCGAAUAUCAGAAGGCAUAAGCGGUUGGCUGGGGUGGGCAAAGAACCCCAAUCUGGUGAACCAAUAGUCAUCCGCAGUGAGCGAGCCAGGCUUCAAAUCGCCCUUCCCACCGUAUUCCUGGGGACUGCAUUUGUCGUCGCCUACGGUUGGGCUCUCCACUCCGGUAUACACGUCGCAGGUCUGAUAGUGAUACUUUUCUUUGUGGGAAAUACCUCGACGGGUGCGAGGACACAGCUGGCGGGACUGAUCACGAGUCUACACCUACACCAGACCGCCAGUGCUUCGGCCGCUAGCAAUUUUUUUCGCUUCAUGUGUGCCGCAGGGGCUGCGGCAGCAGUAAGCCCCCUGAUUCAAGCUAUUGGAACGGGUUGGAUGGGAUCUCUGAUUGCCCUGAUAUAUCUGGGCGCUGCUGGCCUACUGUGGGUUGUCUACGCACACGGGCAUAAAUGGCGUCCGGAGGGAAUACAAAUCGCCAGUAGCGACGAGUGA